GGGUCACUUCCUUUCUUGGGCGAGUUGGCAGAUAAUAAAAGUGGUACAAGGACGACUGAAGUGAACAUGGCCCCCAGCACGCAACGGAAUGAAGCUGUGUCCGACGUAAAAAGGGGAAUUCGGGCAAUCCUGCUUGGACCCCCUGGUGCUGGGAAAGGAACACAGGCUCCUCGGUUGGCAGAGCAGUACUGUGUGUGUCAUCUGGCCACUGGGGACAUGCUGAGGGCCAUGGUGGCAUCUGGCUCUGUGCUCGGCAAGAGGCUCAAGGAGACGAUGGAUGCCGGGAAACUGGUCAGUGAUGAGAUGGUGGUAGAACUCAUAGAAAAGAACCUGGACACGCCUCCCUGUAAGAAGGGGUUCCUAUUGGAUGGAUUCCCCCGCACAGUGAAACAAGCAGAGAUGCUGGAUGACUUGCUGGAGAAGCGCACAGAGAAGCUGGACUCUGUGAUAGAGUUCUCUGUCAACGACUCCCUACUGGUGCGCAGAAUCUGUGGCAGACUAAUUCACCAGCCUAGUGGUCGCUCCUACCACGAGGAGUUCAACCCACCCAAAGAGCCAAUGAAGGACGACGUGACAGGGGAGCUGCUGAUGCGCCGCAGCGACGACAAUGCGCCCACGCUGCGCUCACGGCUGGAGGCCUACCACGGGCAGACUGUACCCCUGGUCAAAUACUACAGUGCCCGCGGCCUGCACAAGGCAGUCGAUGCUGGCCAGUCCCCCGACGUAGUCUUCUCCUCCAUCCUCGCCGCCUUCUCCUCGGCCACAGCCGCCACCUCUGUUUGAAUCCCUGCUUCUCCAAUCCUGGCAAUGGAAAUGAAGGAGGAAAUGUUGUACUAUAGCACUUCAUUUUGGAAUGUUGCUGGAGGAUGAGGGAGCUUAAUGUACUGCAUUCUACAAGGAAUAAGUGGAGCCAUCUUGGAAUUGACAUUGAUUGUUACCCUUCUAAUAAAAUGAAGACACUGUUCUACAAUCAUGA